AUGUAUUUUGUUUACCCUUCAGUGAGUGAAUGUUAUUAUUUAAGACUACUUCUUAACAUAGUUUGUGGAGCUACCUCUUUCAUAAAUCUCUGCACUGUAAAUAGUAUUUUAUAUCCUAUCUUUAAAGAUGCUUGCACUGCUUUAGGUUUACUAGAUGAUGAUGCCAAAUGGGACCAAUUAAUGCCUGAAAGACUAUGGAAGAAGUAUUUUACUUUUUUAACUGAAGAUAUCCACUAUCAAAAUUCGACUAUUAAUGAAAGUUCUCUUACUAAUACUAACUUAUCAAAUGAAGCUUUGUUAUAUUUACUGUCAAUCUUGAACAAACAUAGCAAAUGUCUUGAAGAUUUUCCUAAUAUGCCUUUACCAACUAAUACUUUUUCUACUAAUUUACUAAUUACUGAAGAGCUAAAUUAUAAUAUCCAUGAUCUUACUACUAUUGUAGAAACUGAACUUUCUUAUCCAGAAGGAACAGGAAAAACUAUUUUAUAUAAUGCAAAUACAAUAGAAGAACAGACAGAAGCUGAACACCUAUAUCCUGUAGAGUUUCUUAACUCUUUAUUAAUUGGAGGCCUUCCUCUUCAUAAACUAAUUUUGAAAUCAGAAGCCCCAAUUAUAUUGUUGCGCAACAUUAACCCUUCUAAUAGCCUUUGUAAUAGAACUAGAUUAAUAUGUCAAACUUUUCAGAAGCAUGUUAUUGAAGCUGAAAUUAUGACCAGCUAUCAUUCUGGAAAUCAUAUUUUCCUUCUUCGUAUUAUAAUGUCUCCUUCAAAUACAGAAUUACCUUUUACAUUUAAAUGUCAACAAUUUCCAAUACAACCUGCUUUCGCUCUAACUAUUAAUAAAUCACAAGGACAAACUUUAUCUUAUGUUGGUUUAUAUCUUCUGACCUCAGUUUUCUUUCACAGUCAAUUAUACAUCGCCUGCUUCAGAGUUACUUCUCACAAACAUUUAAAAGUUCUUAUUACUAACUCUACUAACAAAAUUACUAAUCCUAUUUCUAUUACUUCAAAUAUUGUUUAUCCAGAAGUUUGUUAA